AUGGAAUCACCUAACCGAUACAAGCGAAGAUGCGAGUUUCAGGAACUAGUUGAUCAGAAGAAGAAGAAGAAGAAGAAGAAGAAGAAGAAGAAGAAGAAGAAGAAGAAGAAGAAGAAGAAGAAGAAGAAGAAGCGAUCGCUGGAACAACGGCCUUAUUCGCCUGACGUUUCAGAUUCUCACUUGAAUUCACCAUUAGAGACAGAGGCAGAAAAGGGUGACUCGUGCAAAGGAAGUUGCAGUAUUUAUAGGAUGCAGUCGCUAUGCUACCGCAUACCGAUGGAUAUUCACGACUCCCCUCUUCAUCAGGGAUCGUUUGCCAGAUCUGGUGCAGUUGCGGACAAAGCAAGUACGUCGGAGAAACUGGAAGGCUGCUCUGGACGCAAAUUGCCGAACAUGUGGCAGCGGUACGGAGAAAUGACGCCAACUCUCAGGUCGCGGCCCAUUCGACGAGACCCGGCCACACAUUCAAGUUCGAUGAGGCCGAAAUUCUCGCAAGAUGGGAUAAUCGCGUGA